CUUACAAAAAUUCAUUAAUCAUAUACCUAAUUAUCUCCCUUAUCUCUUGUUUUUUCUUGCUCAAGAUCACAACAACAACUUAACGGUAAUACAAAAAUCAAAACUACAAAAUGUUUUCUUCCACCUUCCACCACUAAUCAUACAUUAAUCUUUAGUUAAUCUUCCCAUUUAUAUACCUAAAAAUUUAAGAAAAUAAAAUAAAAAAUAUAUAUUUCAUCUCUUUCUCUUUCUCUUCCAUCAAGCAAAGCUCUCUCAUAAAAGAAUCAAUCUUUCAAAAAGAGAGAAUCAAAUUUUUUUUUUGGGUAAUUGUGCUUUUUUGUUUUCUCUUUCUCUAGAUCUGUUCUCAGAGAGAGAGAGAGAGAUAUAAAGAAUGGGUUUUUAUGAAGGAGCCUCUGUUCAUCCAAGAAACCCAGAAACCACAAACUCAGUGAACAUACCAAUUCUCACUUCUUCUUCAUCAGAUCUUGAAGCAGACAACAACAAUGACAAGAAAGGAAUCAAAACCCUUUUGAAAAAUAUGAUCUUUGAUCUGGGUUUAGCUUGUUUCCUUCCUCCUGUAACCUCAACUGAAAACUCCAGUAGCAAUAACAAUGGAGGAAGCGGUGGCGGAGGCGGUGGUGGUGGUGGUGGUGGAGAGAAUAACAAAGCUUGGCUUUUGGCGGAAACAGCACCGGAGAAUAUGAAUCCUGAUCCACACUCUGUUCACUCAUCGUUUAGGUUCAGUCUUUGUUCACAGAUUGAGCUAGAGAAGCUGAAAGGUGAAGCUCCGUCGUUGUCUGCUUCGUCUUCUUGUCGGAAUCUAUCUGUUUCCGGUGGUUCCACGACUGUUCUGAUGGUUAAUUUGGAGAAUGGUGUUACUGAGACUACUGGUAACUCUACUGAUGAUUUGAGAUGGACUAGAGCUAGGUCUCUUGAGAAGAGUAUCUCUCCGGUUGCUAAUACUUUGGUUCGGUUUAGCUACGGUGAAAUCGUUGCAGCCACUCGUAAUUUCUCUAAAGGGAGAGUGUUGGGAAGAGGAGCUUGUAGCUAUGUAUUCAGAGGCAAAAUCGGGAUGUGGCGAACGGCUUUAGCAAUCAAGAGACUUGAUAAAGAAGACAAAGAGUCUCCUAAAUCGUUUUGUAGAGAGUUGAUGAUUGCAAGUUCUCUUCAUAGUUCCAACAUUGUGCCUCUUCUUGGAUUUUGUAUUGAUCCUGAAGAAGGUUUAUUCUUGGUUUACAAGUAUGUCUCUGGUGGUAGUCUUGAACAUUAUUUACAUGAUAAGAAGAAGAAGAAAGGUAUUAAGGCUGCUUUUAAUUUACCUUGGUCAGCAAGGUACAAGGUCGCGUUAGGUAUCGCUGAUGCCAUUGCUUAUUUGCAUAAUGGAACAGAACAAUGUGUUGUUCAUAGAGAUAUCAAACCUUCCAAUAUUCUUCUUUCUUCAAAGAAAAUACCAAAGUUGUGUGAUUUCGGGUUAGCUACUUGGACCGCUGCACCGUCAGUUCCUUUUCUCUGCAAAACCGUGAAAGGCACAUUCGGCUAUUUGGCUCCUGAGUAUUUCCAGCAUGGUAAGAUAUCUGGCAAGACCGAUGUUUACGCCUUUGGGGUUGUGUUGCUAGAGCUAAUAACUGGCCGCAAACCAAUCGAAGCUAGAAGAACAUCUGGUCAAGAAAACUUAGUUGUUUGGGCAAAACCGUUAAUGCAUAGAGGGAUGGAAGCAAUAGAGGAGCUGCUUGAUCCAACACUAAAAUGCACAAGGAAAAACUCGGUUCAGAUGGAGCGGAUGAUCCGUGCUGCAGCGGCGUGUGUGAUAAAUGAAGAGUCCCGAAGACCCGGUAUGGAAGAGAUUGUCUCAAUCUUGAAAGGGGAAGAAGAAGGACAAGAGCCAAAAACACAUUCAAGCAGGAAAAACACAAACAUUGCUGGUAUGAUCGACACUUAUACACAGCUGCAACAAACUAAAUCCGAGAUGAAAUGUCAUCUUGAUCUUGCGAUGCUCGGAGUAACCGAGCUUGAAGACGAUGAUCAUGUGUACGAUCGAUGAAAAGAUAUCAAAAAGAGAUUGGAUUAAAAGUGUGUAAAUAGGUUAUUUAUGAAAAAGUUUGAAACAGAGUUCUUUAGUUUGUGAAUCAGUGACUUGUUGUGUGUAGUGUGUACAUUGGUUUCGUUUUUUGUUUUUGUUUUCACUGUGGAAAAAACCGGUUUAGGUUUUUAUUUUCCGGUUUGGUUUUCUGAUUUCAAUAUUUUUGAGCUUUUUUGAGAAACCCAUUAAAAUUGAGAAAAUUGUUAUUUAUUUGAUAACUGAAUGAUAAGUGUGUUUGUUUGUUUUGA